AUGACAGACGCCUCAGAACCCAUGAUAGGUUCCAACCCCAGAAACGGGUUCAUAAAGGCACCAAAUUUGGCGGUAAACGGUGGAAUGGCUGUUGGUGGUACGGAACCUUCUAUACGGAGGAAAAAAAGACCAUGGUGGAGGAGGAAAAAUAAAACAAUGCUGGCAACCCUUGUUGUUCUUUUGGUUGCGGUUACUGCAGGGGUUUGGACGAUUGUCUUUUUGCAAAUUGGAGGCGCAUGCAGUUCUGGACCUCAAAAACCAAUAUGCCUUACCGAGGACUGUAUCAAAACAGCCUCAACCCUAUUAUCAGCAAUGGACCACACAGCCGACCCUUGCGAAGACUUCUUCCGUUACGCCUGCGGCUCCUGGAACAAAAAACACGUCAUACCCGAAGACAGGAGCUCAAUCAGCACUUUUGAAGUUUUAGCUGACCAGCAACAGCUGAUCCUCAAAGGUGUCCUCGAAGAACCGAUCGGUGAAGACGACAACCAGGCCACGAUUAAGGCCAAAACAUUCUACAAAUCCUGCGUUGAUAUACAACAAAUCAGAAAAAUCGGUGACGGUCCCUUGAGGAAUGUCAUCACAUCGUUGGGCGGUUGGCCGGUGUUAGACGACAAUUGGAAGCUGCCAAAUUUCACCCUAGAAACCCUUCUAGGGCGCCUCAGAUCUGAUUACAGUGAACCCAUUCUGAUAGAAUUGUACGUGGGAGCCGAUGACAAGAAUUCUUCUGCACACAUCAUCCAGCUCGACCAGCUUGCUUUGGCACUUCCAUCGAGAGACUAUUAUCUUAAAAACAGCAGCGAAGGAGAUUUACAAGCUUACCAUCGGUAUAUGACGCAAGUUGCAAUUUUGAUGGGAGCCGAUCCGGUAAAAGCAGAGGAUGAUAUGAGAGAAGUUUUGGAAUUUGAGAGCAAAUUGGCUAAUAUCUCGUUACCAGAAACAGAGCGCCAGGACACUUCAGCAAUUUACAGAAGAUUCAAAUUGAAGGAGCUUCACGCCAAGGUUCCCCAAAUUAAGUGGUUAGAGUACCUUCAGGCAUGUCUAUCUCAUGUAAACAUAACCAUGGAUGAGCCAGUUGUCAGUUAUGCAAUCUCUUACUUUACCGAGAUGGGUAAACUGAUUGCCGAAACGGAUAAAAGGAUCAUCCACAACUACGUCAUUUGGCGUCUAAUGAUGUCAAUGACAACCCACAUGAUCGACGAUUUCCAAAGAGAACGUGUUGAAUUCCGUAAAAUCCUGAUGGGCAUCCAAAGUGAACGACAACGCUGGUCACAAUGUGUUGAAUGGACAAACAAAAAACUGGGAAUGGCUGUCGGAGCUUUGUUUAUCCGAGAUAACUUCAACCAGGAGAGCAAGGACACUGCUUUAGAAAUGAUCAAAAAUAUCAGAGAAGCCUUCAACGAUCUUCUAGCAGACAACCAUUGGAUGGACGACGAGACAAGAGCAGUUGCCAAAGAAAAAGCAGAUGCCAUGAAUGAACGAAUCGGUUAUCCUGAUUUUUUGACUCAAAAACAGGAUUUGGAAUCGGAGUAUAAACUGUUGAAUAUAUCAGAGAAAAACUUUCUUUUAAAUAUUAUGAAUGUACUGAAAUGGGACGCUCACAAAAACAUGCAACUUCUAAGGCGGCCUGUGGAUAAAGACAAAUGGGCAACAGAACCGGCAGUUGUGAAUGCUUUUUAUAAUCCGAACAAAAACGAUAUUGUGUUUCCUGCUGGAAUCCUCCAACCAUCAUUCUACAGCCAAAAGUUUCCAAAAUCCCUCAACUAUGGUGGAAUUGGUGUCGUUAUUGGUCACGAGAUAACCCACGGAUUUGACGACAAAGGUCGCCAAUUCGACAAAGAUGGCAACAUGAUGCAAUGGUGGAACAAUGCAACCGUGAAAGCUUUUAGGGAACGCGCCCAAUGCAUAGUUGACCAGUACAGCAAAUACAAAAUUGACGAAGUAGGUCUCUACAUGAACGGCAGGAUGACCCAGGGCGAAAACAUUGCAGACAACGGUGGACUCAAACAAAGCUACAGGGCUUACCAAAAAUGGAAGGCCACCAACGGCCCCGAUCUGGCCCUACCAGGGGUCAACAUGACCCACGACCAGCUAUUUUUCCUAAACUACGCCCAGAUCUGGUGCGGGUCAAUGAGGCCAGAAGACGCCCUUACCAAGAUAAGGUCCUCGGUGCACUCUCCGGGCAUAAUAAGGGUUCUAGGGCCACUUUCUAAUUCGAAAGAUUUCGCCGAGGCUUUCAAUUGUCCUUCGGGGUCGCCCAUGAAUCCUGUUCAUAAGUGCAGCGUCUGGUGA